AAUAUUUGGCUGUAGCUGCUAAGAAACACAGUAACUAACCUUAACUUUAAGCACAUGUCAUGCUAGACAAACAGUAAAUCUGCCAAGAAACAUUUGUAUAUAAAACUUUAAAUCGUUAAUUAACAGCGCUGCUUACCGACAGUCGUUUUCUGUCUCUUGUAAAUCUGUCGUUGCUCGGCAACAUGUCGUAGAUGUGUUUCUCUGCGCAGCACCAACCCUCACGAGCGCCAACGAGCAGGGCGAGUCCACUUACACAGACGCGGGGAUAGAGCCAAGUCAUGAGUGCAGAAGACUCAAACCCAGCCGCCACACCCACUCCCUGUGAAGACAUCCAGGGAGAUGGACGAUGGAUGUCUAUGCAUAACCGCUUCGUUUCUGACAGCAAAGACAAAGAGCCUGAUGUCCUGUUUGUUGGAGAUUCUCUCAUUCAGCUCAUGCACCAGUUUGGGAUAUGGCGGCAGCUGUUCUCUCCUCUCCAUGCCCUCAACUUUGGGGUGGGUGGUGAUGCAACACAACAUGUGCUGUGGAGACUGAGCAACGGCGAGCUGGAUAACAUCAGCCCAAAGGUUGUAGUGCUGUGGGUAGGAACUAACAAUCAUGGUCAGACUGCUGAACAGAUCUGUGGAGGCAUCAUGGCUAUUGUCCAAGUCAUCAAGAACAAGCUCCCCAAUUCCCGGACGCUUGUACUUGGUGUACUGCCGAGAGGUAAAUCGCCAAACCCUCUGCGGGAGCGAAAUGCUGAUGUGAACAAGCUGGUCCAGGAGGCUGUAUCGUCCCUCCCCCACGCCUCUUUCCUCAACGUGGACCCAGGGUUCGUCCACUCCAAUGGUAGCAUCUCCCAUCAGGACAUGUACGAUUACCUUCACCUGACCCCUCAGGGCUACCAGGUUGUGUGCGACCCCCUGCACGCCCAUCUCAAGUCCAUGCUAGAUAAGCGCGCUGAGAACUGAACCACCAGGGUUUAAACUUACACUAACACAGUGGUCCUCAUCCCUGUUUCCAGAGAGCAUCACACUCAGUUUAUUAACACCUUGAAUGAUGGAUAUAAUCAAUUACUUGGGUCUAAGAGCUGCACGGAUUAUUUGUGCAAGUCCUCUCCAUGGCCAGGGUUGGUGACCACUGUUACAGAUAAUGGGACCAUAAAGUUUUUGUUGUGUUUAUGAUACAGUCAGAAAUUUAACGUGCUGUGCUACAAAGACAAAGUCUUGCCUCAAUUCCCGGUAGACAUCUUUUCCACUAGCUUUUGAUUGUCGAAGUGUUUUUCAUAGAAGGAUUAUUACAUUUCUCUGCCUCGUGAUACAAACGAUGAAUAUGAUGAGGGGAACUCCCCCGUCUGUCAUCCAUAGGGAUAAGAGGCAGGCAGGGAAAUGAAAUCUGAAGGGCUGACACUGGAAUACACAGUUAUACAUAAAUAAACCCAGAUGUCUCGUGGUUAUGAUUAAAGCUUUUAAAAAGAUGCAGCGACUUUUUACUCUAAUAUGCUGUAGGUCAAAACAUUAGUUGCUGCACCUCAUUAAAAUCUUUAUUUAUAACUGGGUGCUUAAGUUCUCAUCCUUUCACCUACAACUCUUGAGAAUAUCAAAUCCUACUUUACUUUAGAAUAUGGACAGAUUCCUGCUUUUCAGAAAAGAAAACUUAUGAGAAAAUACAUUGUCCACCUGAGGCUACUGGAACAGGAACUAGUUGGAAUAGGGUGUGAGACUUUGGCUCUUUAGGUGCCAGGAUAUGUCUGGUAAAAAAAAAAGAAAUGAGAUACAAGAACUGCCCGUACCAGGAAUUUGCUGUAAUUUGACAUUUUGGUUUCACUAAGUUCCAUGAGUUACAUUCAUUUGGCAAAAGCUUUAUUUACUCCGUUGUGAUGUCCGGUGUCUUUUGUAUAUGUUCAUUUGAAUGACCAAAUGUUUUUUUGAUUUUGAUUGACCAUUAUUGUUUACUUGCCUUUUAUCAUGUCACAUGUUGUCUCAUUAUUGUCUUUGUACCUUUUUUUUGCUUCACCUAUUGUAACAGCAGCAGAUUUUGACGUGAGCGGCUGUGUUUUGUUGCAAACAUAGAUGUAAUUGAGUAGGUUGUGAAGUUGUAUAGAUAUAUCUACAGUUGCUUGUGCUUCAAGUUUAACCUCAUCUGCAACGUAAUGGCCAAUCAGACCAUUUAAAAAGGCUUUACUUCACACUAAAAUGCUUCUGAGCUUCUUCUAUAAGGAUUGUGCUACAGAACUUGAAUUAUGCUUCAGGAUGGCUGAUUGUGUAAGUGAUGAAAGAAUGCAUUAAAUAUGAAAAAAUG